UUAAGCCAAUCAGAAAAAGUUUCCUACACAAGGAAGCCAGCAGUGACUUUACAGGAGGUAUCUCGUAGCUAUACCGUAUAUUCUGGUUAAUUAUAUAUUUUUUUAACUUUGAAAACAUAUUUCCCAUCUGUUUUUCCAACAGCCCGUUCACCUCAGAGAAAACAUUAGCUAGAAGAAUGCCUUCCUGUUAUUUUUUCCUCCCUGACCUCAUUCUAACAAUGCUGUUUGGUGACAUCAAAGCAUGAAGCAGCCAGAGAGCAAUAAAUCCAUAAGGACCAGGAAUGUGCCAUAAAUCACACCAGCAGGUGAAGUGGUGUGUUGCUCUAAAUUGCCAGGAUACUGAUUGUUGUGUUAAAGAAGCAAAUAAAGAUGUGAUUGUUCAUGUUGUGUUUGUGCAGGAAAAUAUUCUGUAAUGGCUUUGCUGGUGAUUAUUCUGUCUUGGUGCGCGGCAGCCCCAGAGAGCUGUAAACCUGCGUGUUUGAUGACCUCGGGUCAGAACUCUGCACAGUAGCGUGUCUCAUCUUUUCUCUUUGCGCCUGUUGUGUCUCCUCUGCUGCGUUGCGCGCUACGGGGCGGGGGUGGCGCUCAGUCCGGACGCACCAAAACCAGCUGCUCUCUGCCGCUCCAGCUGCCCGUGUGGGACUCGGAAAUAUGGGCGUAGAGAAGGAAAAAUCAGACACAAGCAUUAUUAUGGACGAGGAUGAGUUCAACAGAUCCAUAGAGCCCAUCCUGUCGAAGGAGAAGGUUUACGCAGCUGCGCAGGACCGCGAUCCACACGACAUCAACACGCAUUUGAAGGUGGGCUUUGAGGACGUGAUCGCGGAGCCGGGUUCCACUCACAGCUUUGACAAGGUGUGGGUCGGGAGCCACGCUGCCUUCGAGCUGGUCAAGUUCUUCUGUUACCGCCUGAUGAGCACGCUGCUGGCCGUGCCACUGGCGUUCAUCCUGGGACUGGUGUUUGGAGUGCUCAGCUGCGUCCAUGUCUGGCUGGUGAUGCCGCUGGUCCAGAGUUUCAUGGUGCUGCUGCCAUCAUUACAGGUCGUCUGGAGGAGCCUGACAGACAUGUUCGUAACACCGCUCUCCCACAGCAUGGGAAGACUCUUGUCCUCUAUUCAAGUGAAAAUGAUGGAAAACUGAUGUGGGCGUGUCUCUGUCCCUCAGCAGAAGGGGAGUAAUGAAGGAAAGCUUUGGCGUCAAAGCGAACUGUUGGAAUGUUUCCAGUAUAACACAUGAACCUUUGGGAAAUACUGAAAAAGUUAUGACGAUUGUAAAUUAGAAAAUGUUCAGUUAUGGCCACAAUGUCACUGACUUGGUUUUAUUGGUGUGUUUUAUUGGUUUGAGGCGUGUGUGAACUACCUAUGAGUGGUUGGUUUUGUAUGAGGGUUUCACUGGUCAACCCAACUUACUGGUCUUACAUCCCAUCAAGACUCACAUAUGUGAUGGUAUGGCAUCACUCUUGAGUUGUUUUACAAAAUGAAUGAAGCUGGAAAACUGGAAAACAAGCACAAGUCUGAUAGCCUAGCAAGCCAUUCUGUAUAAGUAGACAACUAUAGUCUGGCCAUGUCCCAUAGAGAGAGCCAGGGGUGGACUGGCAAUCUGGCAUACCAGGCAUCGUCCCAGUUGGCCGUUUACCCAGUGAGGUCCCAUCCAGUUCGUUAUUCCUGACUUGGACUGACCUAAAAUCAUUUGGGCCAAUGGUAGACCUGCUAAGGAUACAAUGGAUUGUGGCUGGACCGACCUGCAGAGCUAAAUCAUUUGCUACUGCUAGCAAGGCGCUAGAACACAUUGUUAAAAGACAUAUAGUCAUAAAAUUGUCUAGAUCUCUGGUCUACCAGUCUGAUGCAUCUUGGAGUGAAAGCUGAUAUUAUGUAUUAGCUAUAUUUACACAUGUAAGCAGCUUUUUCAACCUAUUAUUUUGAUUUUGAGUGGUUGGUUUUGUAUGAGGGUUUUACUGGUCAACCCAACUUACUGGUCUUACAUCCCAUCAAGACUCACAUAUCUGAUGGUAUGGCAUCACUCUUGGGUUGUUUUACAAAAUGAAUGAAGGUCAAAACAUGAAGAAACGUGUCCCUUUGGUGUAGGCCAGGGGUUCCUACGCUGAGUGCAUCAUGACUGAUUACUAACCACUCAUAAAUAUUCCACACUUCACAAAGGCCUUACAAGCUAGAUCAGACAGACAAUAACUACUAAUUAACAAAGCGGGUCUUGUCAGUAAGUUCCCUUUUUGCAGUUUUGUGACCAAAUUCCUUUUCUGAGAGAACUUACUGAGAACAGAAAAGUGAAAUGCUGACACGCAGUCCUUCUGCUUUAUAAUGUAUAUUUUGCAAGUUGUUGAAGAAGAAGUUGGACAUAAAAAGCUGAAUAAGAAAUGACAUGAUAAUUAUCUGAAUGCUAAAUGCUAAGCUGCUGCUAGCUGCACAUGUGCAGGUGUGUAUUUCUGUAUCUGCUGUGUUGAUCUCACAGCACAAUGACAAUAAUGUUAGAUAUCUACCUUUAUCUGCAUUGAACUCAUAUUUAAGCACGUGUGAAGGAGCAGGAUUACAGAUCUAUGACUGUGAUCCUCGUAACUGAUCCGUUGACACAAGGGAAUCUCACUGAGUGUGAUGAGGGGCAUUAAAUGAGUCGGAUGUUGCUUCAGCUGAGCAGAGACUCUGGCACAUUGGUUAUAAAUAUUAGCAACCCUUUAACAUGUUCCCCAACCAGAAGGAGCUAAGGAGAGGCAUAAAUGCUCUGUUGUUCUUUUUUGGGUGGGGGAUGUCUUGAUUUGAAAUCAUAUAAAUUUAACAAAUAUAACAGCUGACUUAGUGAUGCCAAACUCUUCCCCACAAAGGAGUUGGCGCGCCUUCACUCAGGUUGUUUGAACUGCUUUAAAGGGCAAGUUCAAUGAGAAACUGUAAACUUUUUAUUUAUUUCAUUUCCAUGCAGGCUGAAUGUCUCUUACACCGAUCUUCUGCGUGAGCUUCUGAUGGAAAUAGGGUGGUGCAACACUCGGGUUAGAAAAGCCUGACAGAUCUAUGUCACACUGUCACUCAGCAUUCAUGGACUGACUCAUCGUGACUCGCGACGGGGCGAGCUGUUGUUGGUUUAGCGAACAUGAAACAACAAAGGAUGUCUUGGCUAGUAGAAGCUAACCGAUUUAGCAACUCCACCACACAGCAGAACUCCUCUAGGCUUGUUUUAUUUGUGGAGAUAAAACAUCAACAUUGCAGAGCAAACAGUGUCAAUGGAAGAGUUGUGUUGCUGUUAGCCAAUCAGAGGAGAGAUGUCCAAAUAACAGGACAAACAAGUUAAGUGGGUCUUUAUCAUUACUAUCUCAUCUAAACAGGUGUUUGUGCUUACCUCUGCCUUCAGUUUCAUUGUUUUCUUUACAACUUCAUCUGGGUUUUAUGAAUAUUAGGGAGUGGUUUUUCUUUUCGAAAUAACGUAACUUCUGGUCCUUAGCUGUGAGAAACGUUUGUUUCUACAUGAUGAAAAUAAAGACGUUUUCCGCUCCAGCUGA